AUGAGUAGUAAUCUAUCAGCACAAUGGGAAAAAUUAGUACGACCUGGAAUAUUAACUUUAUUCUAUCGAGAAUAUCCAUUAAUGGAAUUGCAUGAUGAUGCUUGUCAACGUAUUCAAGAAUUUCUAUAUAAAAUUCUUCGUUUUCUUCUUCGACAAUAUCCACAUCGAGCUGAACUUGAACAAUGGUUGUAUAUCAAUUAUCCUGAAGCACAAUAUGCAUUGAAUCGUAGUAGUCGAAAACGAAUUUUUUCAAUUGAUCAACUUCAAACAUUGGUUCAUAAAGAAUUUGGAACACAUAAUGAAAUGGAUAUUAGUUAUUUAGCAACAACACUUGAACAUUGUACCAAAGAUGUACUUAAACUUGCUCAUGAUUAUGUUAAUCGUUUGGGAAAAAAUGAAAUUGUAGCUAAUGAUAUUGAUUUAGUAAUGAAUGCUGAUACGAUUUUUGUUGAAAUUCUUCGUUCGGAUUUAAAUUCAACAACAAAUAAUUCAUCAUCAAAUUCUAAUAUAGAUACAUCAAUUGCAACAAUGUCAUAUAAUGAAUUAAUUCGACAUUUUAUUAUAACAGAAACACAAUAUAAAGAUGAUUUAGAAUUAUUAAUUAAAUUCUUUCGUAAUCCUAUUCGAAAUUUUUUUAAUGAUGAUUUACAGAUUAUUGAAAAUGUUUUUGGUUGUUUGGAUGAUAUUUAUGAAUUAACAACGAGAUUUCUAUCGGAUCUUGAAGAUGCAAAAGAAAUGAGAGAUGAUAUUGCAAAAAAUAUUUCAUUAUAUGAACCAUUUCAAAAUUUUAUUGAAGGCAAUGAAUUUGAAUGUUAUACAAAAUAUACUCAAACAAUUCUAACAACAGAUCAUAUAGAUCAAUUUAAAAAAAUGUUAAAUAAUGAACAAGUUAAACGAUAUUUAGAAUCGAAACUCGAUCAAAUAAAAGAAACAUAUCGAUAUUUAUUACCUGCACUAUUACAUAUACCUAUUUAUCAUUUUCAACAAUAUCUCAUCUAUUUGGAAAAAUUGGCUUUGUUUCCAGAAUCAGAAUCAGCUCAAUUAACUGAUGUUCUUAAAAAUUGGGAUAUUAAAGAAUCAACAUCACUUAUAGAUAGUCAUCUUAAACAUAUUGUUAUACAAAAUUCAUCAUCAAAUUUAAUAACAAAUGUUGAUCGACGUGCAAUUUUAUUUUCAACUAUUCUAUGUCUUUGUAAAGGUUUAUCAAAUGAUAAAUGGAAAUUUAAAGAAAAAAUAUGGUUAAGAAAAUUUAAUAUUAAUGAUAAAAUUAUUAUUCCUGAUCAUGAACAUGUAUUUGAAAUACAAUGCGAUGAAAAAAAUUAUAUUCUAGCAGCUCGAUCUGAACAAGAUAAACUUCAAUGGUUAUGUCUACUUAUGUAUAUACGAAAUAAAAGUAUUCUUCAACGUGAAUUAUAUAAUAUUCUUGUUAAUGAAGAUGCUCAACAAGUUUUAUUAACUCCUGAUCCAAGUCGAUACAAAUUUUGUGCACCAAAUUUAUCAACAAAUAUUCUAAUUGAUUAUCAUACUAAUGAUAAAUCAUCAUCAUCAUCAUCAUCAUCAUUUAUAAUUCGUGGUGCAACUAUAGAAAAAUUAAUUGAACAUUUAACACAUCAUCAAUUAUUACAUCCACGUUUUGUUAAAUCAUUUCUUAUGACUUAUAAAUCUUAUUGUACACCAUUAGAAUUAUUAAAUUUACUUAUUGAACGAUAUAAUAUUCCUGAACCAGCAUCUGCAUAUUUAUAUACAGAACAACAAUUAAAAAAAUUUCGUAAGGAAUAUGUUCAACCGGUUAAACUAAGAGUACUUAAUGUUAUUCGACAAUGGGUUGAUAAAUAUUUUAGUGAUCUUGUUGAAUCAAAUGAUAAUGUACUUGAUCAAUUACAAACAUUUUUACAAUCAAUACCUGAUACUGGUGGAUUAUAUCAAUUUAAAACAAGUAUUCUAAAAUUAAUUGAUAAACAGACAAUUGAUUAUCAAGAUUCAUCGAAGAAAAAUCAACAACAAGAUUUAAUUAGUGAUGAACGAGAUCAAAUUGACGAUCUUGAUGUUUUUCUCGUAUGUUGUUAUUUUGUUUUUUAAAAAUAUGCUAAAAACAUCUAUAUCAUAUUAUACAUAUUAUAUUUUCAUUAAAAUUAGAAGAAAAUUUAUAUAUACUGAUAGAAGAACAAAAAAUAUUUAGGUACUCGGUUUGUUGUACGCUUAAAGUUGAAACGUUCUUUUACGUACUCGCAGAAUUAUAAAUAGAUUUUUGCUGUGUUUAAGCAGACUUGCUUAUCUCUUCAUCCUAAAAUGACAGAUGUCUUUUAAGAGAGACAUUCUGAUAAUUGCUAUAAAAAAAAAACAUAUGAAAAUUUUCUAUACUAAUAUUAAUAUUGUUCGAGACUAAUGAGAGAAUAAUGAACUAUGAAUACAGUACAAAGAGCUUACGAGGGAACAUAUCCAACUGAUUCCGAGCUUUCGGCUUCAUCUUUUGGCUACAGGUAGGCCUCAGUGAGACUAAGAAUACCCU